CAAACUGAGCUUAUAAUGUAGUCUGGCUGAGCAGAGGGCAAAGUGAAAGCAUGAGUGCAUGUUUUGUGUGUGUGAGAGCGACAAAAGGGGGAAAGAGUCAGGGUUAACCAUGAGUGCAUGUUGCCACUCCGUGUCUACAUGUGGGGUUUGUAUGCAGACAACAUAUGUGGCCCAGUGUGUGGAGAUGUACAUGUAAGGGAAAAACAGUUUCCCCUGAGUGGACAUGCUGCAGCCGGCACGUUGACUGGACUCCAUUCAUUUUGUUGCUUUUUCUUCGCUUUGGAUUAAUCUCAACCACUGCUUUUAUUUUACUUUUUUUUAAAUGAAAGAGUUCAAAGUGAUUUUUAGUUUUGUUCAGAGAUUAAUCUUCUUCUUAUGUACGCCCCCUCCUCCACUUCAUUCAGCGCUGAGUGGGCGAGGGCCCUACCUGGAUUACUGAGAGCUUAGAUGUUUGUGGGGGGCGCUAACAGGAGAAGGGAGAGACUGAAAGAGAAGAUAAAGUGACAAAGAGAACUUGAAGAUGUACCUGUACAAAGCAACAUGCCCGGAGAUCCCCAACCCAAAGCAGAAGAGUUCCAGGGGUCAAGGUGGAGUUGGGAUCCCGGUGCAGGGCUUAUGUCAGGGGAGACUGAUCAAGCAAGUGUCCAUGGGGCCCGGGUCACAGUCUUAUGCCCCUGUGAUGCUGUGGACUGCAAACAGGGCAAACAACGUAAGGCAACUCAAACAACUGGAGGAGUUCCUCAACUUCCACUCAUUGUCUUUGCAGGAUACAGUGAGGAGUCAGACUGGCAUGGUCUACAGGAAUCUUGGGAAAUCUGGGCUCAGAGUAUCGUGCUUGGGACUUGGUACAUGGGUCACAUUUGGAGGACAGAUAACUGACGAGGUUGCAGAGCAGCUAAUGACCAUCGCCUAUGAGAGUGGAGUCAACUUGUUUGACACAGCUGAGGUUUAUGCAGGCGGCAGGGCCGAAAUCAUUCUGGGAAGCAUCAUCAAGAAGAAAUGCUGGAGGCGGUCAAGCUUGGUGAUCACAACUAAGCUUUACUGGGGAGGAAAAGCCGAGACAGAAAGAGGAUUGUCCAGGAAACACAUUAUUGAAGCUAAAAUUGGAAAAUGUUUCACUAACUUUACUUAUAAUAUCCACCAUUCAGUUGAAUUUUUCAUCUGUCUCUCAGGUCUGAAAGGCUCACUACAAAGGAUGCAGUUGGAAUAUGUAGAUGUAGUUUUUGCCAACCGUCCAGACAGCAAUACUCCCAUGGAGGAAAUAGUUCGAGCUAUGACCUAUGUGAUAAACCAAGGUAUGACCAUGUACUGGGGGACGUCUCGGUGGACCGCCAUGGAGAUCAUGGAGGCAUAUUCUGUGGCACGGCAGUUUAAUUUGAUUCCUCCGGUGUGUGAACAGGCAGAAUAUCACCUCUUUCAGAGGGAGAAAGUAGAGGUGCAACUGCCUGAACUUUACCAUAAGAUAGGAGUUGGAGCGAUGACUUGGUCACCGCUAGCGUGUGGCAUCAUAACAGGAAAAUAUGAAAAUGGCAUCCCUGAAUCAUCCAGGGCCUCAAUGAAGUCGUAUCAGUGGCUGAAGGAAAAAAUAGUCAGUGAAGAUGGAAGGAAGCAGCAAGCCAAGCUGAAAGAGCUCAACCACAUUGCAGAGAAGCUGGGCUGCACUCUGCCUCAGCUGGCUGUGGCCUGGUGCUUAAGAAACGAAGGAGUGAGUUCAGUUCUUCUGGGAACAUCCAACCCUGAGCAGCUUACGGAGAACCUCGGGGCCAUUCAGAUCCUUCCUAAGAUGACCUCUCACAUUGUGUCAGACAUCGACCACAUCCUUGGCAACAGACCUUACAGUAAGAAGGACUACCGCUCUUAGACUGCACUGAUGGACCAACUACAGGUCUGCUGAAGACUACCUGACUACAUCUCUACCUUCAACUCUGCUUUGGUUUGGAGUUCAGAUCCACAAGUUCUCUCCUUGGAUGUGCCUAACCAGCUACAGACCACUCCAGUCGGAAAUGGAUAACCAUGCUACAUCCGAGCAUUGCAUUCUUUAACAAUGCUUGGUCGAGGCUUCUGCUUCGAUCUUCUCUAAUACUGAGGUUCAUCUCAAGUGCGGUUCAGCUUAGCCGGGAAAAGCUCAGACUUUCCAGAGCUUCACACGCAGCUUACUAGAUCUAAACCUUCCUCCACUGAUCUUCGAGUCUUUGCUGGUCAGGAAGCUUGUAAAGAGGUUUCAUUAAUACAACUAUGCAGAACUUAGAGUAGCUCAGACCCAAUAGCAUGCUAAAACACACAUUCGGCUUUAGAAAAGAUGAAUUUAAGUCAAAACUUUAGCAUGUCCACAACUACGACUCAUUUUGCAUUAGACUCUACAUUAUAGAACUCUUUCAAUUCAAAGUGCCAUCUUUAAGAGCACCUUGAUUAUUCAUCUGAAGACAUAUAAAGUACUUGAAUCAAAAACCUACUUAAUCCAGGCCUGUUUUCACAGCUAAUUUAAGCACAACAGAAAAAAAGUUCUUUCUUUAUAUUCCACAGCAGGAUACAGAGGCAGCGUAUGUAUUCAAAUUAGACAGACCUCAGAUGAGUGGACAGGUUGAGCCCUCACCUGCAUGCUGAUCAAGUUCUUUAUUUACUGCUUUUAUUAACAUGCCAAACAGCGUGGCAAAAUAAAUGACCAUAUGUGCUUCAAACUCUCACCUCCUUUGUCAGAGGUGCCUGAUCCUACCCUCUUCUUGAAAGGUAGUCUUUACCAACAGUGACACACCAACGCUUGAAAACCAAGCUUUAUGCAUAUAAAUAAGACCAACAGUCAUCUGCUCGGGUCAUCUUUGAAGCCCUCUAAAUAUAAUCAAUCCAAUAUUUUACAGAAUAUUAAUGAGUAGACAUAACUGGCUGCAGAUCCCGGAGUAUAGCAACCAAUAGAUGCAUGUUUCUCUGCUACAGUGUGCCUCUUUCCUCUUUUUGAUUAGUUUUUGGAGGGAAAUGCUGCAAGUUCACCUGCUGUGCGACCCUGGCGAAGCAAGAUGACUGUGGUACCAGAAAAAAAAAGAAAAAAAAACUGGACAUGCUAGAAAAGGGCAAAAAGUAAAGCAUGUCGCCCCCGUGUGGAAAUGUUAAUAAACUGCAUCCAUGCUUGACAAAUAAGGAGACAUUAAAUAAAAUGUGGAUUCCUCAGUUUGAAGUUAUAGAUGAGAUAGCCUUUCUAUGGAAGCCAAAUCAGCAUUAAAGAACAUUGACUGUAUUGCUGAACGCUUUUGGUUAUUUUUUUUGGUAGGGGUUAAAAAAUACAUUCUUAGUAAUGAGCCCAAUGUAUUAGACAAAAAAAAAAAAACUUGUUAUAAACUGCUUAUGAAAUCUGAAAAUAUAUUUUGACAUUGUAAAAAGAAUGGCUUGUACAAGGUUGUAAAAUGUAUAUAAAAGUGUAAAGCUUAUCCUGCAACAUAAGCAAACUACCAAGAAGCCUGUCUUGCAUAUGAGGGCUUUCCUGCACUGUAAGACAACUCUAUAAAUGAGAUGUAAAUAGAGA